AUGAGUGUAGAUCAUGAAAAUAAUUUGAAGGAGCCAUUCCUUCUAAAAGAGCAAAAUCAGAAAAAAAUUGAUCCGAACUUUAGUAAAAAUAGCAGUAAAAUAGCCAAAUUUUUUGAAAAAAACUACCUAUACACAGGACUUAUUGUAGGGUUAUGCUACGGAGCGUAUCAUUUUACAUUAUUUUUGAGCGUAGGAUAAGUACUGGAGCUAAGAAUGCUUUAUCUUAUUCAAAUUGUAAACUUGAUAUACUAUGUCCUAUAUCAUUCAUAUUUUGCUGUUGAAAGUAAACAAAAGUAUGGAUCUUUCUGGUCUUAAUCAAGAUCCUCAUACUUCCUUGAAAAUGGUAAUUUGAAUAGAUUCGUGCUUUUUGCUCUUGUUUCAAAAUCAAUAAUUUAAUAUCUUUCAUAAUAUGUUUUGUACUACAUCUUAGUUACAUCAGUGAGAUCAGGAAUCAGUAACUCAAUUAUUAUUUCAAUUUAUGGUACAUCAUCCAUCCUCUGUGCAAUUGCUUUUUAUUUUGUAUUUAAUGAGAAACUCGGAAUAAGACAUAUUAUUGGUAUUCUUGCAGUUACUGCAAGUAUUAUACUAAUUGCAAAUGGAAGAUAUGAAAUUGCUGGGAAUGCAUUAUCUAAAAACGCAGGAGUUAGCGAAGAAAAUAAGCUUACUGCCUUAAUUCCUAUUAGCCUAGCAAUAAUAAAUUGCUGUUUUUUUGUCGUUACUGCCUUAAUUACAAGAGUAAUAAAGGUAUCAAAACUAUCUAUAUUCUAAUACGCAGCUGAUAGUUAAUUUUUGGUUUCUAUUACAUUUUCUUUACAAGCUCUCAUUUCACAUUUAUUCUUUGAGUCAUACACUUUUUAUGAGUUCUAUUUGGUUUUUAUUAGCUCCUUGUUUAUGGUAAUUGCUUAAAUAUUUUUUGCAGGAUCUGCAGCUUAUGGACAGGGAGGUCUUGUCCAAGCUAUGCUAAAUAUUUAAUCUCCAUUUCAAAUGCUUUUGGAAAUGAUAUUUUUAAAGCUUUAUCCUGCAUUUAUGGGAGUCCUAGGAAUGAUAGUGUGUCUAUUUGGAGCGCUUUUCAUUAUUUUAACUAAGAAAUGA